AUGGAAUUAAGAAGAAGAAUAGUUCACCAGCUAGAUCAAGAAUCGUUGUUGGAUGAAGUUUUGACAGAAGAUGAGUAAUUUAAUAAUGAACAGACAUGCUUCCCAGGCAGUGAUAUGGAGAUAUCAGACUUCGAAAAUUGCAAUCCAAAUAUAAAAAAACAAGAGAGUGAUAGUGAAGAAGAAGGGGCUUAGAUCUAAAGAAGAAAAAGAACACAAUAAAAUUAAUAGAGUUAAACAAAGCAGCCCAAGAAAAUAUAAGCUAAAUAAACUGAGAUGAGGUCAUGGAGAUAAUAAGAAUAAGUUGUUAAAAAGGAAAAUUUGAUUGAGAACCCAGAAAUUAUAGAUGAUAGAAAAUACGCUGGAAUCAUGGAGAUUCUUGCAAUACAUCAAUAAAAGCCAAUUAAAACUUAUUAAUGCUUAACUUUCGAAUCUAAGGUAGCUAUUUUAACUCAUACAGAACUUAAAAAAUAUCUCAGCCACAUGCUAGACUGCUUUAUCAAGGGUAAGGAUUAGUAUGAAGCCAGUUUUUAAAAAUAAAAUAAAAAUGAAAAAGAUCAAUCUUCUAAACAUAACAGUAACUCCAAAGUUACAGAAUAAAAUAAGAGAAGAAAAGUUGAUCAACAAGUGGCUAAUAAAAUCAAUUAAUAGACCAAAUAGGAACAUACUGAAACAGAAGAGGAGGAAAGUUGGUUGAAUAAUGGCCUUCGUGAUGACACCACAUUCUACACCUAGAUGGUGAAGUAAAAGCUUGAAAAAAGAGAAAAAUAUGAAGCUUAUAAAAGGAAACUACAAGAAGAGCAAUAUGAAAAAGAGGAUUUUUUGCAAAAUGAUGAGGAUGAGUUUGAUAAUAUUGGAGGAAAGAAGAGGUCUUAGAAAAGAGACUAUAAAACAUAAUCUAAAUAAUAGCAAAGAAACGGUAAUAACAUUUAUUAUGACUCUGAUGGACUCGAAAGAAUAAUAACAGUCACAGUAAAGCAUGGCCUUGAUAUCAAAGGAGAUGAGAUAUUCCUAGAAAAUGUAUUGAUCCCAAGAAGGAUUAAGAAAGUAUUUAUGAUACCAAAAAUUGAGGCCUAGAUUCACAAUUGUGGUCUCGUUUGUACAGUUGAAUGGUAGAAUGAUAACUCGGGUAAGGCCUUAGAAAACUCUUAUGUAAGCUAUGAAACAAUGAGAUUGAGGCAUCCUUAACUGCUGUGCGAAUAUUUUGAAAGAAUAACGAUUUUUAAAAUGCCUUGA